UCAAAAUCUGGCGAAAAGCUCACUCCUUGGCUCUCUUUCACAUACUUUUCAGCGUAGCUUGCGGACGUGGAGGAAUGCUGAGAAAGCGGAGCAACAGUAAAAGACCUUUCCUUACAGUUUAUCCGCCCCCAACAAAAAUGGCGGCAAGGCAGUCUGCAGGAUGACGUAGAGGUUAUGACAGACGCGCUCCUUGGGAACUCAGGGUUACACCCUUUGCUGCGGUAGUCUUCCUGUAGGUGUCGUAAGCUGGUGGAGUACGCUUGACGAUGCCAUUGCGACAGCAGUCCUCGCUUGACGGCCAAGAAACCGGAAGUCGCUCCUGCCGCCGUCGUCUCCUCCCUGUCCCCGCCCGCUGGGUGCUGUCGGAGGUUGACAGGUCGAGGCUGGGAGGCGGCGGCGGCGGCGGCGGCGGUACAGACCUGCACCCAAGACGGAGGCCCCAUGGGGAACGUUCCGAGUAACAGCAGUGAAGACGAAGCGGCAGCCGCUGGGGCCGAGGGCUGGAGUCCACACCAGGACUGGGCGGCCGACUCGGGAACGACCUCCGGCUCGGGCCCUGGGGCCCCAGCACUGCCGCCCGCCGCCGCACUGCUGGAACCGGCCAGGCUGCGAGAGGCAGCGGCUGCGUUGCGGCCCUCACCGCCCUGCGAGUCGCUGGUAUCGAGGCACCACGGCGCGCUAUUGCGCUGGCUGGAAGAGCGGCUGGGCCGCGGCGAAGAGUCCGUCACUCUGGAGCAGUUCCGGGAGCUGCUGGAAGCUCGCGGAGCUGGCUGUUCGGGCGAGCAGUUCGAGGAGGCCUUUGCCCAGUUUGAUGCUGAGGGUGAUGGUACAGUUGAUGCUGAGAACAUGUUGGAGGCCCUCAAGAAUUCCAGUGGAGCCAACCUUCAAGGGGAAUUGAGCCACAUCAUCAGACAACUGCAAGCCUGCUCUCUUGUUCCAGGUUUCAUAGACAUAUUUUCAGAGUCAAAGGAGGGCCUUGGUGUUCACUCGUCAAUGAUACUGCGCUUCCUGCAUCGCAAUCGGAUCUCUAGCAUGGUGAUUCCCUACCCAAUGUUGGACCACUGUAAUAACAUGUGCACCAUGCGGUCUUCAGUUCUGAAAGAGUCCCUGGAUCAACUAGUACAAAAAGAAAAAGAAAGCCCUGGAGAUCUAACCAGAAGCCCAGAGAUGGAUAAACUCAAGUCAGUUACAAAAUGCUAUGCUUAUAUAGAAACGUCCUCCAACCCCGCAGACAUCGACAAGAUGACAAAUGGAGAAACAUCAUCCUACUGGCAGUCAGAUGGCAGUGCCCGCUCACACUGGAUUCGUUUAAAAAUGAAGCCAGAUGUUGUGCUUAGACACUUGUCUAUUGCAGUGGCUGCCACUGACCAGAGCUACAUGCCGCAGCAGGUGACAGUGGCUGUGGGGAGGAGUGCUGGUGAUCUUCAGGAAGUCCGAGAUGUGCACAUCCCCAGCAAUGUCACUGGCUAUGUGACAUUACUGGAAAAUGCUAACAUCAGUCAGCUCUAUGUUCAGAUUAACAUAAAGCGUUGUCUUAGCGAUGGAUGUGACACCAGAAUUCAUGGUCUGAGGGCUGUUGGCUUUCAGAGAGUUAAGAAGUCCGGGGUCUCAGUCUCAGAUGCUUCUGCAAUAUGGUAUUGGUCUUUGCUGACAUCUCUGGUGACUGCUUCCAUGGAGACAAAUCCUGCCUUUGUCCAGACAGUGCUGUACAAUACUCAGAAGGCACUUCAGCACAUGCCUCCACUCUCCCUCUCACCGGGAUCUACAGAUUUCUCAACUUUCCUAUCUCCCAACGUUCUAGAAGAAGUGGACAGCUUCCUCAUAAGGAUAACCAGCUGCUGUUCUACCCCAGAAGUAGAACUGACUCUUCUGGCUUUUGCACUAGCAAGAGGAAGUCUUGCCAAAGUGCUGAACUCUCUGUGCACCAUUACGGACCACCUGGACACACAGUAUGACGCCUCAUCCCUCAUCUCCUCCAUGGCAUCAGUCAGACAGAACCUGCUUCUCAAAUACGGUAAACCUCUCCAGUUGACUCUUCAGGCUUGUGAUGUCAAAGGAAAAGAAGACAAGUCGGGACCUGAAAACCUCCUUGUGGAACCAUGGACGAGGGACGGUUUUCUUACAGAGACUGGGAAAACCAGAGCAAGUACUAUUUUUUCUACAGGAACUGAAUCUGCCUUCCAAGUAACACAGAUUAGAAUUAUGGUUCGACGAGGUGGCAUUGGUGCCCAGUGUGGGUUGGUAUUUGCCUAUAACUCACCUUCUGAUAAAUUUCACGCAGAAGAACACUUUAAACAGUUUGAAAAAUAUGACAGUUGGAAGCUUCAGGAGCUCAGGCAGUUUGUGAAGAGCAGGAUUGGUUGCUCCUCUGAUGACCUUGGAGAGCAUGAUCCUAUUGGCUGGUUUGAGCUGGAGGAAGAGUGGGAUGAAGCAGAUGUCAAGUUGCAGCAGUGCAGAGUUGCCAAAUAUUUGAUGGUGAAGUUCCUCUGCACCCGGCAGGAGUCAGCAGAGCGCUUGGGAGUGCAAGGCUUGAGCAUCAGUGGGUACCUCCGGCCUGCAAGAGCAGAAGCAGAGAAAAACAUCCUCUGUGCCCACUGCAGGAAGGAGGCAGAGAGUGUCUGCGGGGGCACUCUGCUCCUCAGGACCCUGCAGUUCAUCCAGCAGCUCGCCCAUGACCUGGUGCAGCAGAAGGAAAGUGGCUUAAAAUAUAAAUCUUUUCUGGACUUCGCGGGUCUUGAUUUACAGAUCUUCUGGAAUUUUUACAGUAAAUUAAAGCAAAACCCAAGGGAAGAAUGCAUCUGUGCUCAAACCCUGCUACUGCAGCUCCUCCAGAGCUGCUUCUCAGUGCUGCAGCGAGAUGCACUGGCUGCCCCUGAGGAGAAGCCUUCAACCCAGUGCCUAGGAGAAGUGGAGGCUGCCAAGGCACUCUACAUACACUUAUGUGAUGUGGUAGAUAGAGUAGAUGGAGACUCUGUGCCCAUGGAGAUAUUAAAACAAGAAGUCAGGAACACCCUUCUCAAUGGAGCUGCCAUCUUUUUUCCUGAUCGACAGACCCGGCGGAAUCAUCUCUUCACCAUGAUGAAGAAUGUCUCUGAGCAGGAGCACAAGCAGUCCCUGCAGCUCACAUUCCGUUCACUGUGCACAUAUUUUAGUGAUAAGGAUCCGGGCGGCCUUCUACUUUUACCUGAGAGAAGCGACCUGGCUGGCAUGAACAUCAGCGAAGUCCUGGCGGUCAUGAACACUCUCCUCUCUGUGGCUGCGCGAGAGUGUGAACUGUUGAUGCUCAGUGGGGCCCAAGGGCAGAUUGGCUCUGUGCUCUUCUCCCUGUUCUGGUCAGUCCAAGGCAGCCUACUCUCCUGGUGCUACCUGCAGCUGAAGAGCACAGAUUCUGGAGCCAAAGAGCUUGCUGUGGACCUUAUUGAAAAAUAUGUGGUACAGUUUUUGGCAAGCACGAGAGUGAUUUUGGAAUCCCUUUUGUCACAGUAUAGUGGAAAGACCAUAGUAGAAAAAUUGUGUAAUUCAGUGUUUUCGAUGGCAGCUCGCCAACUGGUCAUUUUCCUGCUAGACUUUUGCACUUUAGACAUUCCACACUGCACACUUUUGCGAGACUUCAGUACCCUCACAGAGCUGUUGAAGAAGCUCUGCAGUGAUCCAGAAGGAGGACUAAACAAGCUGGAUGUGGAGACGUGGCAGCAGGAACAGCCUGUGGUACUGCAUACAUGGACCAAGGAAUCUGCCCACAACUAUGAAAAUAACUGCCAUGAGGUGUCCGUCUUUGUUAGCCCAGGGGCAACCUAUUUUGAGGUGGAAUUUGAUGAGAGAUGUGAAACUGAGAAGAGGUAUGAUUAUCUGGAAUUUACUGAUGCUAGAGGUGGGAAAACACGCUAUGACACGAAAGUUGGCACUUAUAAAUGGCCCAAGAAAGUGACCUUUAAGGAUGGUCCUCGGCUGCAGUUCCUUUUCCACUCUGACAGCAGCAACAAUGAGUGGGGCUACAAAUUCACUGUCACUGCCUAUGGCCUGCCUGAUGUUGCAGUGUCUUGGGGUUUGGAUUUACAACUCCUUGUCUCUCGGCUGAUGGGGCGCCUUUCCUCCCAGUGUAUGGCACUCAAGUCUGUGCAUCAGGUAGGAAGUAACAUGGCAAUACCACAGGCAAAAAUGGCUUCAGUUCUGAACUCUCCCUUGUGGAAACCUGUCUUUAGGCAUCAGAUUUGUCCAGAAUUGGAAUUAGAAGCAAGCUGGCACACUCACCCACACCAGGAUGGGAAGGAGGUUAAGAACAUCCCUGAUGAUCCCUGCUGCCAUUUUCUCCUUGAUUUUGCCCAGUCAGAGCCUGCUCAGAACUUCUGUGGGCCAUAUUCAGAACUUUUCAAAGGAUUCAUACAGGCAUGUAGAAAACAGGCCCCAAAGACAGAUAUAGUUGCUGGUUCCACUAUUGAUCAAGCUGUGAACGCCACCUUUGCUGCUCUGGUAUAUCGCACUCCAGAAUUAUAUGAGAAGCUGCAAAAAUAUGUAAACAGCGGGGGCAAGACACCGUUGAGUGAGGACUUUGCACAGGUGUAUUCCUUGGCAGAUGGGAUUCGAAUAUGGAUGUUAGAGAUGAAGCAGAAGUCCCUGAUGAACGUGGGUAGUGAGGCAGAAGAGAAACACGGUUUGGAAGCUGCUGAGACGAACCCAGAGAGCCUAGCAAAAGAAUGUAUUCAGAAAAGUCUUCUGCUACUAAAAUUUUUGCCCAUGGGCAAAAGUUCAAAAGAACACUGUGACAAGUUGGUGACUGCCAAUGAAACUGAUCAUCUCCAGCCACUUGACAGACACCAGAGGACAAGCUCUGUGAUGGCAGAGCAUUUCCAAGCCUCAGUGUCCCCCACUGAAGCAUCACCCUCGACUGUGGGAGACAGGAGUCCUGGCUUGGACAUCCACCCAAAGCUGCCACCCAGCAGUGGCCCACCUGCUGCAGAAGUGUCCACAGCUGAAGAGCCCUUGUCACCAUCCACACCCACCCGGCGGCCUCCCUUCACCCGUGGGCGACUCCGGCUGCUGUCCUUUAGAUCCAUGGAGGAGGCCAGGCCAGCGCCCACGGUAAAAGAGAAAUACCCUGUCCUGAAGGAUGUCAUGGACUUCAUUAAAGACCAGUCACUCUCGCACGAGAGUGUUGUGAAGGUUCUUUCCUUGAGGAAAACCCAAGCACAGAGCAUCCUGGAAGUCCUGAGGAUAAUCCAGUAUUGUACAGAAUCCCUUGGACAGCCUCACUGCUUCCAUCCACCUUAUAUACUUUUCCUGUUGGAACUCCUCGCCUGCCAGAAAGAUUUCACCAAUUACUUUGGACACUUGGAAGGCUGUGGUGCUGAUCUACACAAAGAAAUUCGAGACACUUACUACCAGCUUGUUCUGUUUUUGGUCAGAGCAGUUAAAGGAUUUAAUAGCAUAAAUGACAGGUCUCUUCUGCCUGCCUUAUCCUGUGUUCAGACAGCCCUGCUCCAUCUUUUGGAUAUGGGCUGGGAACCUGGCGAUCUUGCCUUCUUUGUUGAUAUUCAGUUACCAGAUCUUCUCAUGAAAAUGUCACAAGAAAAUAUAAGUGUCCAUGACAGCAUGAUAAGCCAGUGGAGUGAAGAAGAUGAACUCGCUGAUGCCAAGCAGAAUUCAGAAUGGAUGGAUGAGUGUCAGGAUGGCAUGUUUGAGGCCUGGUGUGAAAAAAUAGCCCAGGAGGAUCCAGAGAAGCAGAGGAAAAUGCACAUGUUUAUUUCUCGCUAUUGUGACCUGUUAAAUGUGGACAUCUCUUGUGAUGGGUGUGAUGAAAUUGCCCCCUGGCAUCGCUACCGGUGUCUGCAGUGCAGUGACAUGGAUCUCUGCAAAACUUGCUUCCUAGGUGGAGUAAAGCCUGAGGGCCAUGGAGAUGACCAUGAAAUGGUCAACAUGGAGUUUACCUGUGACCACUGCCAGGGUUUGAUCAUAGGCCGGAGAAUGAAUUGCAAUGUGUGUGAUGACUUUGACCUUUGCUAUGGAUGCUAUGCAACCAAGAAAUAUUCCUAUGGCAUCACAGCCCAUCCAAUGGUGACCAUUCGGAUCAGCGACCGGCAGAGGCUCAUCCAACCCUACAUCCACAACUACUCCUGGCUGCUGUUUGCUGCCCUGGCUCUCUAUAGCGCCCACCUGGCCAGCACAGAGGACAUGGAUGGGGAGAAGCUGGAUCCCCAGGCCCACAGCCAUGCCACCACCCUGCGGAGCCAGUGUAUGCAGCUUGUGGGGGACUGCCUGAUGAAGGCUCACCAGGGAAAAGGUCUUAAAGCUCUGGCUCUUCUUGGUGUAUUGCCAGAUGGUGAUACCACUCCAGAAAUGCAGGCCUUGCCAAUCACAGUGUCCACCUGCACGUCAGAGGAACUGCUCGAGAAGAAAGUGGUCCAGCCUGCUGUGGAGCCAGCAGAGCCAGGUCCUUUUGUGUACUGCAAUGGAAAGAGAGCAGUAGACAAGGAAAUCAGACCUUUGGGUUACAAGCAGAGAAAUAAGACAGAUGAAGGUCUCUUGAUAAUGAAGGAUCCUUCAUGCCAGACCCAAAUUGCAGGUGUACCUGCAGAUGCUAACUUAUCUUCAGGACUUCCAGCUGCUGAAAAUUCAGAAGCAUCAUCUCAGAAGCCAGUCGAGGAAAAAACAGCUCCUCCAAAUCCUGAGCAGGUGUUUGCUGAAUGUUCCCAGAAGAGGAUUUUGGGAUUACUAGCAGCCAUGUUACCUCCCGUAAAGUUGGGUCCCACAGUCCCUCUGAUAGACCUGGAGCAUGUCCUCCCACUCAUGUUCCAGGUUGUCAUCUCCAAUGCAGGCCACCUGAAUGAAACCUACCACCUCACCCUGGGUCUUCUUGGCCAGUUAAUCAUCCGUCUUUUACCAGCAGAGGUAGACGCUGCAGUCAUCAAAGUCCUCUCAGCCAAACACAACCUGUUUGCUUCCGGGGACAAUGCCGUCGUUCCAGAUGGCUGGAAGACCACACACCUGCUCUUUAGCCUGGGAGCUGUGUGUCUGGACAGCCGGGUUGGACUGGACUGGGCUUGCUCCAUGGCAGAGAUCCUGCGGUCACUCAACAGUGCCCCACUGUGGCGAGACGUCAUUGCCACCUUCACAGACCACUGCAUCAAGCAAUUGCCGUUCCAGCUGAAGCACACCAACAUCUUCACCUUGCUGGUGCUGGUUGGCUUCCCCCAGGUCCUCUGUGUGGGAACCCGCUGUGUUUAUAUGGAUAAUGCCAAUGAACCUCAUAAUGUGAUUAUCUUGAAGCACUUUACUGAGAAGAACAGGGCUGUGAUCGUUGAUGUCAAAACUCGGAAGCGGAAAACAGUGAAGGACUACCAGCUGGUCCAGAAAGGGGGAACACAAGAAAGCAUCGACUCUCAGGCCCAGCUAAGCCAGUACUCCCAGCACUUUGCCUUUAUUGCCAGUCACCUUCUGCAAACCAGCAUGGACAGCCAUUGUCCUGAGGCAGUGGAAGCAACUUGGGUUCUGUCCCUGGCCCUCAAGGGUUUAUAUAAAACAUUAAAGGCUCAUGGUUUUGAAGAGACCCAAACAACCUUCCUUCAGACUGAUCUGCUGAAGCUGCUGGUGAAAAAGUGCAGCAAGGGGACUGGCUUCAGUAAAACGUGGCUCCUCCGGGACCUGGAAAUCCUGUCCAUUAUGCUGUACUCUUCAAAAAAGGAGAUUAACACUCUGGCUGAGCACGGAGACCUCGAACUGGAUGAGCGAGGGGACCAAGAGGAAGAGGUGGAGCAGCAGCCAGUCAGCAGCCCUGGGGAACCGGAGCAGAAAAAACUAGACCCUCUGGAAGGCCUGGAUGAACCCACCAGAAUAUGUUUCUUGAUCGCUCACGAUGCUCUCAAUGCCCCUCUGCACAUUCUCCGAGCCAUAUAUGAACUGCAGAUGAAAAAGACUGACUCCUUCUUCCUGGAAGUUCAGAAAAGGUUUGAUGGAGAUGAGCUGGCCACAGAUGAAAGGAUACGCUCCCUAGCUCAGAGGUGGCAGCCCAGUAGGAAUCUGAGACUGGAAGAGCAGAGUGCCAAAGCUGUGGAUACAGACAUGAUCAUCUUGCCGUGUUUGUCCCGGCCUGCACGCUGUGACCAAGCCACUGCUGAAUCGAACCCUGUGACCCAGAAGCUGAUCUCAAGCACUGAGAGUGAGCUGCAGCAGAGCUAUGCCAAGCAGCGCCGGAGCAAGAGUGCCGCCCUCCUGCACAAAGAGCUGAACUGCAAGAGCAAGAGGGCUGUGCGGGACUACCUCUUCCGCGUGAACGAGGCCACAGCUGUCCUCUAUGCCCGCCAUGUGCUAGCCUCCCUGCUCGCCGAGUGGCCAGAGCACAUGACAGUGAGCGAAGACAUCCUGGAGCUAAGUGGCCCUGCCCAUAUGACCUACAUUUUGGAUAUGUUCAUGCAGCUAGAAGAAAAGCACCAGUGGGAAAAGAUCCUGCAGAAGGUACUCCAGGGUUGCCGAGAGAACAUGCUGGGGACCAUGGCCCUGGCUGCCUGCCAGUUCAUGGAGGAGCCAGGAAUGGAGGUGCAAGUGAGGGAAUCGAAACACCCGUAUAACAACAACACCAGCUUUGAGGAUAAAGUCCACAUUCCUGGUGCAAUCUAUCUUUCAAUCAAGUUUGACUCUCAGUGCAACACAGAGGAAGGCUGUGAUGAAUUGGCCAUGUCCAGCAGCAGUGACUUUCAGCAGGAUCGACACAAUUUCAGCGGGUCUCAACAGAAAUGGAAAGAUUUUGAGCUUCCAGGAGAUACUCUGUACUACCGCUUUACCUCUGACAUGAGCAACACCGAGUGGGGCUACAAGUUCACCGUGACGGCAGGACACCUGGGGCGGUUCCAGACAGGAUUUGAGAUUUUGAAGCAGAUGUUGUCGGAAGAAAGGGUUGUGCCUCACCUCCCAUUGGCCAAAAUUUGGGAAUGGCUGGUUGGCGUAGCCUGUCGCCAGACGGGUCAUCAGCGACUAAAAGCCAUCCACUUGCUUCUGAGGAUCGUGCGAUGCUGCACCCACAGUGAUCUCUGUGACCUUACACUUUUGAAGCCACUGUGGCAGCUCUUCACUCACAUGGAAUAUGGCCUGUUUGAGGAUAUGACACAGCCUGGCAUCCUCCUCCCCCUGCACCGGGCACUCACGGAGCUCUUCUUCGUCACUGAGAACCGUGCCCAGGAGCUCGGCCUGAUGCAGGAUUACCUGCUGGCCUUAACCACGGAUGACCACCUACUCCGCUGUGCAGCACAGGCUCUGCAGAACAUUGCUGCCAUCAGCCUGGCCAUCAACUACCCAAACAAAGCUACCCACCUCUGGAAUGUCGAGUGUUAGCCUUCAUGGGGCGUGCAUGGGACUCAUGAAUCUGUCCACGGGCGGUUAGAGCAGACAUCCAGCCUCAUUCAGGAAAACUCCUGCGGCCUCAGUGCCCAGCCCUCCUUGAGCUCACCUCUGCUCCCAUUCGGAUGCCAAGUGGCCACGUCUCCAAGAACUUCUGUGUGCAGGCCAGACAUGGGCACAGACUGUGGCAUGUGAGAUAAGCUUGGCAGUGCAGGGUGACUCAGAGCAGGCCGGAGGCUCUUGGGAAGGCCGUGCAGAGACCAGCCUCUCGGAAAGGUCUCUGUGUCCUCUGGCUGGAGCUGCCCACACUUGCCAUCCCAGGAAGGUGCUGGCUGCUCAGUGCCACUGUCACAGUGAGACCUGCAGCCACAGUGACUGGACUGGGAGGUCCUUUGCUGUUGCUCUUGGGACUGGGAAUUCAAACCAAAUGACCAGUGGCCCAGGCCUCUCCUGGUCCCUGCCAGACCCCAAGUAUUCAGUGCAAGACAGGUGUCUGCUAGCUCCCUGCAUACCCUGCUGUCCCAGAGAACUCCCUGGUGAGAACAAGUGCCCUUGGGGACAGCCGACAGGCUGCCUGUGCGUCUGCCCAUGCAGCAGCUCCCAACACAGCCAAGUGUGUUCAGUUGUCAUUUGCCCUGUUUCAGUUUCCACCUCAGCUUUUUAGACUCCCUGAGAUGAGAGGGCCUUUGGGGAGCAAUUCGGGGACAGGCAUUCAGGGAGCAGACGAGAGGAAGUGAACUGGAGGAACCCUCUAGCCUCUGCACCUGGCGACUGCAGUGCUCUCCAAGGUCUUAUUUUAGGAAGAAACAAAAACACAUGAUUUUAUUUCUGCCUGAUAUUCAUGAUACUCCGUCACACCCACCAUCAGUGGGACUCUGCGUGGUUAUUUGGCUGCCACCUGCCUAGCAAUAACUACAUUAGUUCUAGUGAAUGCUUUUGCAUUUUUUCCUUUUAUGGUUUUAGCCUUGCCCUGAAGUGCUGAUUAUUAUUCUCUUUCCAAGCUGUGUUUUAGCAUGGUGAAGCUGGGUUGGCAUGUGGGCUGGGACCAGCACAAAGAGUCUUGCAAGAAUGGAGAAUGCCCAAGGCAGCUGCCUUAGAAAGGCAGGUGUCUGGGCUGGAUGCACAUCACACCACACAGGGCCACACCCUAGGCAGGCUCCUCAGAGCCAGGCAGGGCCACACCUGGCCAGUGGGCAUUGCUGUGGCCCCGUAUGCCUCUUGGCCUCUGAAGACCCCUAGGGGUCUGCAGGGGCCUGGAUUGGAAAAGCCUGAGUCUGCCAGCCUGGGAGCAGCUUCCUGUAAGGGCACUUUUGCCUUCUGGCCAAGGAGACCAAGGUGCAGCAACCUUUGCAGCCUCAGAAUUAGAUUCUCCACCAAGUCUCAGGGUGCAGGAAAAACAAUCACAGAAGGGGAGGGGUUGGGGGAUGGUUCAGAGGAGACAGAAGCAAAUAGGGUAGUGACCUGAGGCCCACUGCCCUGUCCUCAUAGAGGGCCUUGCCUGCUUCCCACCCUGUUGGGUCAUAACAGAGCACCUGCUGCUGGCUCAGAGGAAACUCCUUUCCCAUCUUUUGCACUUUCCCAAACUAGCCUUGGUUUACAAGCUUCCUGUACCCAGAAAAGGCCACAUUCCAUGCCACUCUGACCCAAAUAGAUCUCCUGAGGGGAAUCGGAGAACAAGUCUUGGCUCAGACUCAAAGACAGAUGGCCUGGAAGAGAGAUGAGGAGAUGGCACUGCCCACACCCUCCCACACUUUGGACUGACUGAAUAAAGCCAGGCAGACAGGGCAGGGCAGUGAUCACUCCCUUGGGGUGGUGUCCACUAGCUCUACUCCCACCUUCCGAUCAGGAAAAGCAAUUGUAAAUAAACGCUGGACUCAACAUAGCUUCUCUUCCUUCACCACUCUGCUAUUUUUGUCUCUGUGCUUCAGUUUGCAUAGCACAAGCCCAAGUUUUCCCUUCACACACAACUGCUGCUCUCUAGUGGGCCCCUCCUGGUCUGGCCAUUCAGCUUUGCACCACCACCUCUGCUUCCAGCCACUUGGUGGCAUUGCAGAGCCAGGCUGCUCCCCACUGGCCCCCAGUCUGGAGCAGAGCUCUCCCAAAGGAUUUCCAUCCGAGCCCAACUCCGUUGAUUCUUCUUAGGAGACAAGACUGCCUGGAAUGAGAUAAAACUGUCAGGAAUAAGGUGUCGUGGAAACAUGUGCCUAACCUAUAAAGAAAUUCUGUUCCAAAUCAUAUAUAUUGUACAGACACUGUUCCUAAUGAGAGGAGUGACUUAUUUUCAUCAUCGUUUUUAAUUUGUUUUCUUACGGGUUUACGAUUCUGAAUUUUUCUUAUUUGGUUGAAAGAAUUUUGAUUAUAUCAGCUGAGUGAGUUCAGCCUGUAAAAAGAAUGUUAAGUUGUGGAUAAAAUAUGCAAAUGAAGAGAAAUAUAUUGUACAAAUUCUAUAUAAAAAGUACAACUAUG